GCUACGUGUUAGCUACGUCAUAGCCUAGCAUGAGCUAUGCAUAGCUGUGCGCUGAACAUAUGACACACUGCAUAAAAUAAACCAUCCUAUCACUUAAAGGUCAGAGGCUUGUUUAACCAGACGUUUUAUCCAAACAUGUGCCUACAUAUUCCUAUGUUUCCUGGCUGCAUUUGAAGGCAGCACUGGUCAUGCAUGGAACACAAGAGGAAACAGGAAACAUCAGUUGAAAUCAGGUGCACCAUGGCGAAGCAUUUCCACCUGAACACGCCUCUGUUGGAGAGCGUCAGCAUGUCCAAAUGCGUGGGAACCACCGUGUACCUGAAGAUGGAGAAUUCCCAGCCCUCCGGCUCCUUCAAGAUCCGUGGCAUCGGACACCUCUGCCAGCAGCUCGCCAAAGAGUCCAAAGGAGUUGUUUGCUCCUCAGGUGGUAAUGCAGGUAUGGCUGCAGCCUACGUAGCCAGAAAAAUGGGUGUACCGGCCACCAUCGUAGUUCCCUCCUCGACUCCUCAGCUGGUCGUUCAGAGACUCCGGGAUCAGGGUGCUACUGUCAAGAUUACAGGCAAGGUUUGGGAUGAUGCCAAUGCAGAGGCUCUCAGACUGCAAGAGACUGAAGGACUCACCUAUGUUCCUCCGUUCGAUCACCCGCUGCUCUGGCAGGGCCACGCCAGUAUGAUCACAGAGAUCGCAGCCUCUCUGGGUCCCGGUGUGAAGCCCGGAGCCGUGCUGUUGUCCGUGGGCGGAGGAGGGCUCCUCUGUGGCGUCAUCCAAGGCCUGAAGGAUGUAGGCUGGACAGAUGUACCCAUCGUCGCCAUGGAGACGCCGGGGGCCGACUGUUUCAACGCUGCGGUUAAGGCGGGGAGGGUGGUCACCCUGGAUGACAUCACUAGUGAGGCGAAAUGUCUCGGAGCAAAGACAGUUUGUAAGAAAGCUUUUGAGUACGGCCAAUGCAGCGAGCUCACAAUCAUCUCCGAACUUGUGACUGACCAGCAGGCUCUGCAGGCUGUCGAAACAUUCCUGGAUGAGGAGCGUGUGUUGGUGGAGUUGGCAUGCGGAGCAGCACUAGCAGCUGUCUACAGCGGACUUGUACGCAGAUUACAGGAUGAAGGUCGGCUGCCGACUGUCUUGGGCCCCCUGCUGGUGAUCGUGUGCGGUGGCAGCAGCGUCGACAUGGAGCAACUGACCAACCUCAAACGCAAACUGCAGACUUAAAGUACCGUAUGUGUGCAAACGCGUGUGUGUGUCUGUAUGGGUGCAUUGCAAUAAAUGUGUGUCUAUGUGAAAAAGAUAGCAUCAGCUCAGUGAAUGACAUGUGGAUGGAUGAAUGGAAGAAAGAUGAAUUCCUGGAAAUAGUAAACAAAAGGUACAAGAACUACAGAAAUGUAUCGUCUGGUUUGCAAUAUCGGUAGUUAAGAAAUGAGUGUCUUCUUAUAUUGCAGUGUAAUUUAUAAGUCACAUAAAAUAAUAAAAUGAAACGAGUUUCUUAGAAAACCAAAA